GGCGACCAAAUGUGUGCAGAGCUCAGUCACGCCGAGGCCAUGAGCCUCAUCGACGCCCAGAGCGCCUCGCUCAGCCUCCGGGUCAAAAGGAGCCCCUCUGGAUUCCUCUCCUCAUCUUACUCGGGUCGCUCUGCGUCGCCUCGAUCCUCCGUCAGGGUUCUGUCUCCUCCCGCCACUGAGGUGCCCAAAGGCAUCACGUCGCCGCCCGACAGCGAGGCUUACUACGGCGAGACGGACAGCGACGCCGACACGCGGCCGAGCACGCACCGCCGCCAGCGCCGCACGCCGCCUCACGCACGCUCACCUGCUCGCUACGACAACCAGGAAGAGGAGGAGGCCUCGGAGAUGAGCGGGUAUGAGAGCGCUACAGAAGCAGGCGUCGCCCUGCAGACAGUGACCAAACGGUGCCCCAGUCAGAGCGGACGCUGUUUGGGAGUGUGGGAGGGUCUGAGGGAGGUUAAGGACACGCACUCCCACAGCGGUGAGAUGAGGGACCUCAUAUCUCCUUCAGGUUCAGACGCAGGUGGACACACAGCCCCACACACUGUGUACGCAGAGUUGCAGCGCGGGGAGAGUGUGGUGGAGAAACAGGUGAAAGAAGCUCGCACUAAAUGCCGCUCUAUUGCAUCGCUGCUGACUGAUGCUCCCAACCCCAACUCCAAAGGGGUGCUUAUGUUCAAGAAGCGCCGGCAGAGAGCCAAGAAGUACACGCUUACCUGCUUCGGCAAAGCUGAGGGAGACGGAGGGGGUGAGACAGAAGGGGAGACAGGAGGAGAGACUGAAGAGGAAGGAGGGAGUUCCAUCCUAAGUGGCUCAGAAGUCGACGAAGAGGGAUUCUCGGCAUCGUUUGACCCCACGUGGGAUACUGGUUAUCUAGACCUGCUGGACAGGAGAAGUUCUGCUUGCCCGUCAGCCACGCCAACUGCUCCGACAACACCAACAACCAAUCAGAGACCAGGACUGGACGUCUCGGCUUAUCAGACUCCAGGACUUGUGACUUCUGCCGGUCAAAGCCCAGGGUUGGAGGUCUCGGGGUUGGAGAGCUCAGCCUAUCAGGGCUCAAGGCUGGAAAGCAGCGUCGCGAAGCAGCCGGUCAGUAACCGCCCUGCGCACAUGUCUCCUCCAGCUGUAGCUCUGGCCAACGGAGGGUCAGUAGCUGUCAGUCGGGCCAGCGUUGUUCUGAGCCCUCCGUGUCAGACGCCCCUUCGAAGUCAGAAUGGGCAACACGGCAACCCUAACCCAACUCCUAACCCCGAUCUCAGCCCAGUGACGGACUCACACAACAGCUUCAGUCCUAACGCUGGUGUUCUGAACCGCACCGCUCGCCCCUUCACCCCUUGCCCGACCCCUUCUCGUGCCUCCGUGACCUCCGUCAUGUUCCGCCCUCCCCAACCCAAACCCACGGCCAUAACCAUGGCGACCAAACCAGUGGCAGCCGUCUCCAUGGUGACCAUCCCACCUACUCACCAUCCAUCAGGGCCAGAUGCGAGGAGAGCCGUGUCUAGCACCUCCUUGUAUAUCCCUCCAAGAAAUAACAGCAGCAACACUCCCCCCUCUGCUAGCUCUCCCCCGUCAGCUCUCUCGCCUCCCUCCUCUCUGUCUUCUGCACCUUUCUGUCAGCCGCCAGCAAAUCCACAAACAUUCACUCCACAGUCUGCAGCGCACGCUUUUCCGUCCACCCCCCUCCCUCCAUCUGUAGCUCAAGCUUUACCUGCUCAGACCUUUUCCCCUCCAGCUCCUCCACCAUAUCUCUCUCCUCCUACUCCUGCUUACCCACCUCCCUCCACCUACAUGUCACCUCCUCCCAUCUCCCCUCCACAUCCGCCUGAUUUGACUCAGGUCUCCUUCCCUGCACAGCCCACCCAUCCCGCUCCUCCUCCGUCCCAACCUUCUCCAUCUCCGUCUGUCUAUCCUUACAAUAACAUGGAAGGGACUCCUGCCCCCAGUGCUUCCAUGGCAGCUACACCACCUCCCCAGGCUCCUGCCGCCGAUUCGCUGGUGACACGUGAGCAGCGCAUCUCGGUCCCGGCCGCUCGCACCGGCAUCCUGCAUGAGGCCCGUCGCCGUAGCAAUAAGAAGCCGAUGUUCAGCGCAGUCCAGAACAAAGAUGUGUCUCCAAACCCGGACUUGCUGUCGAUUAUCCAAAACAUGGAUGACCACUAUGGGCGAGCCCCCGGUGCUGAAUCUGGAAUCGUGCCCAGUAAUGAGGCAGGCCAUGAGUCAGGGCCUGAAGAGGACUGGCUGAGGCUGGGGGCAGAGGCCUGCAACUUUAUGCAGGCUCAGCGAGGACCCAGGCCACCCCCUGUAGCUCCAAAACCACAAGCCCCUCAGGUGCCACAGCUGGCGGGGAAAGGAGGCCAGCUGUUUGCUCGCAGACAGAACAGGAUGGAUCGGUACGUCGUGGAGCGAUCUCCGUCUGUCGCUGCAGCUCCUUACUCUCCUGCCCAGACAAGGGAGCCCUCGCCCACACCUUCCCUCCCUGCCACUUGGAAGUACUCGUCCAACAUCCGUGCUCCUCCACCCAUCAGCUACAACCCCCUGCUCUCUCCUUCCUGUCCCCCUAAGGCCCAGAAGAAACCUGAGGUGGCAAAGUCUGGGAAAGCUGCAUCCAAAGGGAAGAAAGCCUGCAUGAACGAGAUGGAUAUAAUGAGCCACCAGCCCUACCAGCUCAACUCUUCUCUGUUCAGCUAUGGAGGCGGAGCUCCCCAGGACACCUCCGCCUAUCAGCAGCAGAGAGAAAAGACAGGUGGUCCUCAGAAGACGGCACGAGUGUAUGAGGUGAAGCGCUUCUCGACGCCCCCACCGACGGCCACAGGGCCCGCCCUCAAAGUCAUCGUACCUCGAUCAGCCACCACACUUGGAGAACCAAUGUGGCGCUCUGACGUCACGUCUCCUCCAACGAUUGCCAACGCUGCCCCCUACCAGCACUACCAGCCUCCACCCCAACCGUACCAGCCUCAGUGGGCCGCCUCACCUCUAUCCCCCACAAUGCCUCCUGCCCCUACUGCCCCGCUGCCUCAGCUUCCCACCUUCCAAUCCCCUACUUUCUCCCACCCUCAGCCCCCCAGCGCUCCACAGGCAAACAGGCAAUUCAAAAGUGCCCCAGAUCUGAGUCCUCUGGGUCCCACUGGCGCCUCUCACCAGGCAUCCGGCAGCACUCAACCCACCAGGGUUCCCAGGCCCAGGUUCAGCACUUCCAACCUGGGCCUGCAGCCUUGUGUCUGGCGUCCCGGAUCCACUGCGCACUGAACAGAUUCUUGUGUUGGACGUUAUAAGCCAGAGCUCUGUUGGAGCUUAGAGCGACAUUUUUGAAACAAGUGUUUUUUGCAUUGUGUUACUGAUACUCAGAUCUGCAGCUAUCGGCCACGUGUUUCAUCACAAAUACACAUGUAGCGGUUUUCUCAUUUAAUCUCGUGGACUCACUUAUCCAAUACACUUAGUUUUACAGUAAAUAAAGGGAACACUGUGUUUUGAAAAGGAAAUGUAGUGAUUAGACCUGAGAGAGGUUGAAGAAAUGGAAAUCAACUGAAGACUGAAAGGUCAGAAAGAGAUGUGGGGGAAACGAAGAUCUGUAAAUAUUGUAUUGAAUGAUGGAGAAUUGAGCAAACAAAAAAGAAGAACAGAGGAUGUGUAACGAUGAGACUGAGGAUGGAGAAGGGAUGAAAAGAAAAGCACAGAUGUAGUGACAUGGUACGUUUAACAUGUGCAGAUUUGACUUAUAGCUUCACAGUCUGUAAGCAUCCUAUGUAUCCUAUUAGAGAAGUUGUAUUACUAACAGUUAGAAGCUACUCCUCCUCCUCCUCCUUCUGCUAUAGAUAUUCUAAGGAUUUGUGUUUCUGAGUGCCAUUUUGUAGUCGCGCUCUGUGUGCUUUGUUUUUAGUAGUUUCUCAUAGGGUGAGGAGCACAGCUGUCGCCAAGACGGGAAAAGCCUUUUACAGUAGACGUGAUUUCUCAUCUGUUGAAUAUGAAACAAGAGCAGUAUAACAUGUCUGUUAAGCUGUGAUUCUUUUCCACGGAGACAUGCAGCCGGAAUAAAAAUAGACAUGACUCACCUCA